UCCGUGCGUAGUUCCUGAUGGUAGUUGGAAGGUUUGCGCGUGUAGUGCUUCUUGACCUUGUUUGAUAGACUUUCGUCGAUAUUAUUACACUGUCUUUUGUGUAUUCGUAAAAACAUCAAAAUGCUGUUAAAUUCAUUUUUGUCAGGAUUCAGGUGGCUUGUGGCCGCUUGGAAUAGGUUAGAAUUGUCCGACAGAUGAAGAAAAAGGAAAUGACAAUGAAAAAUAUAAGAAAGAAAUGAAUAAUCGCCUGGUCAGUUAAGAGCGUAGUGUUCCAUCAAUUGCCCAACAUUACCUCCAUGACUUCACCUUCGCAACUCUAUGCAUGUAUAUAUACACUCUCAAGAUUAGUAACCGCUUUUCACGAAAAAGAGAAGACAUAAUCAACCUCUACAUAAUUUAGGAAUAAUUUAGGAGCUGCAAAUGUUGCAAUACAACAAGCAUAGGUGACAUUUUUAGUUUGGAAACAAUUGUGUAAUUGUGUUUAAAUGCUCACAAAGUAAAAUCACAUUGCCAAGCAUUGAUGGACUUUCGAUGAGCAUAAAAGAGUAUACAUUAAGUGCGCUUGGAGUCUCUGUUGGCAGAUAAUGUCCAGCGAGGAGAGCUGUGACCAGGAUAAGCCAGUAGAUACACCAAGAGAUGCAGAAGAAUCAGAACAACAAAGCAAACCUACCCAGAUACAAAAGAGAUCAAAUGAAAAUACAGAGACUAAAGGGAACGGCAAAGGUAGACCUAAUCUGAAGGAGAAGUUAAUGAGUAAGAUGUUUGCUUACACCAGGGAUAUAAUAUGUUUCUUUCUUGGAGUAGUGAGUGCUUUUGCAGUACUGCAUAAUGCGCCACCAAGAAUCUCAAAGCCACCUGUGGCAAGACCAAUGUUUAAUGAAAGUUCUCUAGUUUUAGACUUUUAUAAGGGACAUUUAAGUGCUCUAGUUGACAGAGUGACAGAGUCUGAUUUUAGUUUUGUCAUGUACUAUGCUCCAUGGGAUGCAGAGAGUCAAGCAUUGACAGAAGAGUUUGAAAGUGUUGCUCGAUAUUACCAUAAUCAGGUAUUUUUUGCUGCAAUAAAUUGCUGGCACCCAGGCUCAGAGUGCAGAGCUCGAUAUGGCAAGAUUCAGAAUUAUCCAGUAUUAAUGGUUUAUCCCUCGAAAGAGUCUGGAGUUCAAUAUAAAGGUAUCAAAAGUGCACCUUACAUGAUACGCUUUCUCCAUGAUUUUAUGAAUCCCAUUAAAAGGGUUAUUCACGAUUAUGAAUUGCUGAAUAUUUUAAAGUCGUACGAUGCAGUGAUGAUUGGAUACUUUCAAUUUACGGGAUUACGAAUUAGUCCGGGCUACAAUGAAUUCUAUCGAGCCGCCCUUAGGACCUUCGAGAAAGAACCGAAUGGCGAGGUGGCAUUUGUCGCAAUAACAAAUCCCAAUACUGCGAAGGAUCACGGCAUCGUUGACUUUCCUUCCGGUAGUUUACUUAUGUGGAAUGAAACUAUGUUCUAUCCGAACGAUAGAGCGUGGAAUGCUGAAAAUAUAGCAGGCUGGAUCAGCAGUGUCGUUCAUCGAGUUGUCACUUGGUUGCAACCUCCAGGUAGUAAAUCGUCGACUCUAGCAUCUUAUCUCUGGGAUGGACCUGUGCUGUUCCUCUUCACUCCCCGUAACCCAUUGCAUUUUGAGAAUGAAAAUUACAAUCUGUUGAAAGAAGUGGCAUUACAAUACUACGACUGUUCCGGGAAUCCACAGAUUCAGAAUUUAGUGUCACUGUUGAGUCAAAGUCGAGCGGAGGCUGCGUUGAAAGCUUUCGAGAAGCGCGAAUGGUGUGCCAGUAUUCUCGAGGAGGAAAAAUCUCGCCAUUCACAUCCCCUCCACGAGUUUACAUUAGCUGGUCUGAAUCAACCGCGACAGCAACGCUGGUCGAAUGCCGCAGCAAAAUGUUGCUCGGGCACACCGACGAACAAGUGCGUGUCGUGCACGCGAGUUCGCGACAACGAUAACAACGACAAUCGGGGUAGCGUCGACGAGCAGUUUGCGCAAGUGUGCGCUGCUCCGGGUAUGACUGCUUGCCAUGGAAGAGAUGUUUUUAGUAUGCCCCUGAGUCUCGAACAUUUGGCCUUUGUGGAUAAGCGGAGGAAUAGCGACGCUGACAUACAACAGGACAGUUGCUCUGCUGAAAGUUGCGAUAUGCCCGGUAAACAAAACGACGAGAUGGAUCCACAAUCGAGUGUCAACGUAAAAAAAUCGUAUGAUCGUGAGGAAUGCCGGUGUUUCCUCGCGGGUUACAGUUACCAGCGGCCUAUUUACCCUCGCGACAGCGAGUCCGUCGAGCUCGAGCUCACCGAGCUUAUCUGUCAAGUUAAUAAGACUCUCGCGCUCGUCACUAUCGACAGUCUGCAGUAUUUUCACUUUGCCGAGGGCCUUGGCAUCGAUAUCACUAGGAAUCGCGAUAAAACAGUUGCUGUGAUCAUCGAUCCAGCGGACGAGAGUCAAUACGUGAUGGAAGAGAUUUAUGGCAGGAAUGCUUUGGUGCGUUUCAUUAACAACUUUACGAGCGGCUAUCUCAGAAGGGCGAUGCGCUCUAGCAGUCCGCGACGAUUUGUACGAUCCUUCGAGAGCAAGUGUAAGGCUGACGAUGACUCGAGGAUUUGCGUGCCUGAACUUUCGAGCGACAAUUUUUUGAAGACCGUUCUCAAUCCUCAUAAGGAUGUCGUUGUAAUGUAUCAUUCGCCGUACUGUGCAUUUUGCAGUGCCGUAGCUUACGUUUACUUGACGGUGGCCCACUAUCUUUCUAAAAUGGACCAUUUGGAAUUUGUGCGCAUCGACGGCGACAACAAUGAUUUGCCUUGGGAGUACACCAUGAAUCGUUAUCCGUCUAUUCUGUUUUUCCCAGCCAAGAGGAAAGAAGACAGCACACUUUUUCCGACCAACCUUCAAAUCACCGUGGGCAACCUACUUAGCUUCAUCUUAGCAAAUUGCAAUGAAGAAUCCCACUUGGAAGCAUUAAUUAAUAUAUGCGCGAUAGGAGCUGGUGGUUCGGCGGAAAGCUGCUUGUCGCGUACUCGCUGGUUCUGCCUCGAUAUUCUCGAGGCUCUUCUGCGAGAUUUUCGUAAAUUAAGAAGAUUUAGAGCCGACAAGGAAAGCACUAAACGACUGUUGGAUAGUCGUAGAAGGAUAUUAUUACUGAGAUUGAAGAUCGUAAGGGAGGCGCAUUUAUUGCUUGGAACAAGUAGUAAUUUGGCCAAGGAAAAACUUAAGGUGCGGACAUUAAGAAAGAAAUUCAAGCGUUUCUAUGCGAAGCUGGCGAAUCUCGAGGAUGAGCGAGAUAAACAGUACUCGAUGAGAUAUAGUAAUAAAGAGGCGACAGCCAUGGAACUAAACUCGUGAUAUCGGCAUUUCCUUUCUAUAUAUCGGAGCCGAAAAAUUUAACUGGUUCCAUGUUGUUGUUAUUGUUGAUUUAUUAACAUUUUAUCUCGAGACUGUUACAAGUACUAUAUCUUACAGCUUUCAAGUACUUUCGGAAAUGCCAAAGUAAAUGUUAUGCUCGGCGAAAUCCCGGGAGAGAAUGAAAGAAAAUAAGUUUGGCAGUAAUAAAAUACAUUUAAGUUAGCAGAUAUCCAAGAAAACUUUAUUAUUUUUUUAAUGAUAAAAAUGUUUUGCAUAAACAGGGUCGUAAAGAAUCGCAUUCGUAUACUGCGUCUGUCGAGAAAUCAUUAAGCCGUCGGUGAGAGCCCGUGGGCUUUUAUACGUUCGCGCGUUCUAAUUUUGUUGUUGUUCAAGUUACGUUAGUUGCGCAAAAAAAAAGAGAAGAAAGAUUAUACGUUUAUGUACGAUACCGUAGAAUCCUAAUAAACAUUCAGCCGUCUAAAAAAUUGAUAUAGUGAUGAAGUUCGAACAUAAACAAUAGAACGAAUCUACUUAAACGGCAAAAAAAGUUUAACCCCGAUAGCUAUGCCCCGUUAUAUUACUGCGCUUAAGGUUUUAUAUAAUUUUGAGUUGAUAGUCAUUCCCUGUUAAAUUAGCACGUUACACUAAUUAAUAGAAAUGAAGAGAAAUGUUGUUUACAAAUCGCACGAUGGAUUAUAUUUCAUGUUCGUUUGUUGAUAAUUCCAAAGCAGAACGAAGAAUGAAUUUGUGAUUGAAAGUCAUGAAAUUAUCCUAUUCCAAUGGCUUUGUCAAGUGACAACUAUAGAUUAUUCCUCGCAAGAAAAUCAUGAUAACACGACCGGUCGGAAAUGUAUUCUACGGAUGACGCAUAUGUAUCUGCGCGCCAGUUACAACGGCAAACCUAAAGGAAUUAGUAAUCAAUAAUCGCUCGUCUUUGAUACGAUUAUAUGAGAAUCAGAGAAGGCAAAGGAGCAAAUAGAAAAGAAAAAGUCGCAAAACUAUCUUUAUAGUCGUUGGUAUUCUCCAUUAGUCAUCGCGUUGGUAAUAUCUCUGUCUCUCUCGCGAUGGCUUAUCGAAUGAGAGAGCGCGUACGUUCAUUAUUCCCCACACGACAGCUCCUCGCACGAGUGUGCGUCCGAGUAUACGUUAUCGAGGAAUCGGCGAGGAUAGAAUGAAAUCAUCGAAAGAGUUACGCGCGUCGCAAUAUCUAAUCCUCCCACGCGCGAGUUGGGCAUUAUACGCGCGGCCGGCCGCGAUUAGUCACUUUUUCCCACACGUCCUAGCAGCGGUCUGAUAACUCGUCGCGCGCGCUGCGUCUACAAUGCGUGGGUGUGGCUUGACUAUUUCUGGAUAGGAGAGCCGCUCGAGCUGCCCGACGCGGUCGUUAUGAUAUGGUGGGCUUUCGGUAGAUACAGCAGAUUGAUCGUUCGCUUCAUUCAUAUAUACAUAUAUUCGCGUGCCGAAAGAUAAACUCUUGUACUAAUUGCCUUUGAUAAUAAUACUUUUUUUUAUCAAUUCGUGACUCAAACUUUUAACUCCAAGGACACGCGAGACAUUUAUAAGCGCGCCUUGGGUAAAUAGAAAUCAUUAUAUUUUACCGCUCACUGCAUGCUGCUGAGUUAUCCGAUAUGGUCAUCUUGACGUUUUAAACGAGUAUCGAAUGUCGGUCGGUUCAUUGUUUUGAUUUCUGUUUAAAUACCACAAGGCCAAUAACACAGAUGUUUUUCCCAAAUAGUGAGCUACUAGUUGUAAUAUUAUGAAGAAAAUGGUUAAAAAACAAUUAAACGACAAUCUAUAAAAGCUUUCGCGUAACGUUGAUAGACGUGCACGCAGAUGGCUGAUUUUAUUUUUAUGAUUUACAAAUUCCGAUACAUGUAAUAGUUUAUUGAAUGUUCUAUGAUUUGCCGCCAAGAUCAACUUGUCGCUGGUACUAUUAUUUUUGGAAUAUUUUGAUAACAGAUAUUUUUAAUAAGGAUCCAGAUCGAUUAUAUAAAGUAUUUUUGUGCAAUGUAUCCAGCGCAAUGCGACAGUAUGUUGUAAAGUAGCGUUUGAAAAUAUUUUUAUUAAU